AACUCUUUCUCUCCCUUCAUCCUCUCAUCAGACGUCUGUUCUGAAGAUGAUCUGUUUCAUGAUCUUCUGUUUGCUUUGGUUUUUACAGACUGAAAACUCCACAGCUCUGAUCCGGUUCUCGGUCCCAGAGCAUCAUCACGUCUGUCUGCUCUGCGACGCCUCAGACACGUCUCAUGUGAUCUGGACUCACGGGGACGGGGACGUCCUGGUCACCGAACAAGACUACGACGCCAACGAGGAGCAGCAGCGCCACCUGCUGCUGUCUGACGGAGGCCUCUGUCUCCUGCAGCUUCACGACUCUGACAGCGGCGAGUAUCACUGUAACGAGCAGCCGGUGGCAGAGCUGCAGGUGCUGACAGGGCGUGACUUCUCGGUGUCUUCGGGCCGGACGCUGCUGCUUCCCUGCGGCCGCUCGCCCAAACCCAAGCAGAGGUGGUUUCACCGGAGGAGAGGAGGAAGGCGGGAGGCCAUCUUCACCCGCUUCAGAAACGGCACGGUGAAACCAGAGAGGGAGGACGGCCGCCUCGGCUUUAUGUACGACGCCCUGCAGAUCCAGGACCUGCAGCCAGGGGACGCUGGAGAGUAUCAGUGUAACGGAGAGCUGCUGGGCAGAGUCACGGUCCUCACAGAGCCAACGAGCGUCCAGACGUUUAUCACGUCAACAUCUGCAGCCGUGGGAACAGAUGUGGUUGAAUCAAAGACGAAGAAGAAGACGACUCAGAGCGCUUUGUUGAUGGUCGCUGUCGUCAGUUCGGGGCUGAUGAUCCUCCUCAUGUCCGUCGUCUUCAUUUUACUGACGAGCAUCAAGUGCAGGAGGAAGCCAAGAUAUACAGCUCAGACACUCGACGACACCGAGCUGCAGCCGUGGACGACCAACACCCCGACCGAGUGGGAGGAGUCAGAGAGUUGGUCCACGACGGACGACAUCCACUACGCUUCUCUGGGACGACACAACUGGAGCGAGAGGCCGAGCCGGACGCCACCGGACCAAGACCAGAACCACGUCAUCUACUCGUCUGUCAUCACCAGAGCUGCUGUUAAACACACACCAGUCCUUUAAACACACACACACACACACACACACACACACA